UAUCCAGGUGGAAAGUAAAAAUAAAUUAAGUAGUUGCGUUGGACGGUGUUGCAGUGGGGUAUAAUGUUCGUUUUAAAAAAAUUUAUUUUCCAUUACAAGAAACCAUGAAUUACAUUUUGCAUCUGGAGAACGAAUAAAUAACAAAACGGAAGCAUGGCUCAGAUACAAACGUCAAAUCUUGAUGGACUGCCAAAACACUUUGUUGCUGCCAUGAGAACGCUCUUUGAUAUAAUGGACGACCAGGGCACAGGUUUUGUCAAAUACUCUGAUAUUGAGGGACGUUGGCAAGAUGAUGGUACACAAGGGUUACCAAAGGGAGUCCUGGAGAGUCUCAAGAAAGUCACACCACCGAAUGGGUUACUCUCCUUUGAGCGGUUUUGUGCCGGUUUAAAGAUUAGUUUAUUCCAAAUUAAAUCUGAUGGUGAUGUUAAAAAGCAGGAAGGUCAGCCUAAUAGACCACCUUCUGCGCCAAUUUUAAUUGCUGACAAUCAAAAUAAAACUGCCUGGACUUCUCCAAAUACAGCCACAAUAAGGCCUAACAAUGCCAUAUCACAACAGCGUACUUUGAGUAUGCCACAGCUGUUAAGUGGACGUAAGGAAAAUGGUAUGCAGUUGGAGCCAGUAGAUGGACGAAAUUGUUCAGAGCCAAAGUUAAUGAAAGCUUAUGGGCCUCCAAAACCACCCAGGAUUGGUGCUGCUAUAGAAGGGAGAGCUUUGAGUUCUGAUAGAAGCUUUGAUAAAUCUGAGAUUCGCACCGUGCUCCAAAAUUGGCAAAUGGGUUUAAUGAUGGGAGAUGACAAAUGUAUAGAUAAACGUCAAUUAGUUUCUGCAAAUUAUCGCACUGACUCUCAAACUCUAUUAAGACCAGCACGAGCUUUAGGUGAUGGUAAAGCUGUCGAUACACAGAACAACCAGCUUGGCUUACAACAAAAGAAAUUACUAGGACGUCGUAGAGAACCAAGAAGACACACGUUGCAGAACGGUAUUGAUUACAAUAUGAUGAAAAGAAUGAAGCAAAUUGAACAAGAGAAAGAUGUUCUGCUACAAGGAUUGGCUGCAGUUGAUAAAGCCCGAGAAUGGUACCUUAAACAAAUCUCUUCAGCUCAGGAAAAAAUAAAGCAUCUAGGAAGAAUGGGUUCCCAUGUGGAACAAUGGACCGAAGCACAACAAGAGCGACUCGAAUUACAACGGGCUCGGGUUCUUGAAGUGAAUCGACAUCUUGCAGCCUUGAUAAGCAGUUGGGAACGUGGUGGACUUCCACUUCAUAUGAACCUUGCCGUUCUCAGUACCCCGACAUCAGCUCAGUUACAUCAAGAUAUGUUAUCUCGUCUCAAACAACAAAAUCAUAGAUUAACAGAAGAAGUCAGCAAGAAAAGUCAACGAAUAGCUUUGUUGGAACAGGAAAAAGAUAGUUUGGUGCGAGAAUUAUAUAACAGGCAAGGAAUGGUACAAUCCCGAAGAUCCACGAUGGUUCAUGAACAGCACGAUCAGACAUUCAUGUAAGAAUAUAGUUAAAAUAAAAAUAAUUCCACAAAAGGUCUAACAUUGAAAAUGUAAGGAAGGGAUAUUUAUUUCAUAUCUGGCUGCUGAUAAAUGAGCAAGCGACAGAAAUAAAAAGAAUAAUGAGUCUUCUAAUUUCAAUUGUCGGAGAAUCUGAACGGAGGAAAAAACAUCAACUUGAAGAUAAUUCUAUUUUUUUUAGUAAUCAUUUUUCUUACGUUAUUAAUUUUGUUUUAUUAUUGUAAAAUAAUUGUUAUAAACUUAUACAAUUACUAAUUUUGCUACAAAAAUAUAUAUAUAGUUCUAACGCUUAUAUAAAACCAUAAGAUUGGUUUCCCUCUUGGGUAAUUAUAGCUAAAACUCGAAUCUAAAUUUCUGAUUUAUUAGCUAUGAAAAAUCUUGCUCCAAAGCACUGGUAAAUUAUCAUUCCUGUAAUCCGUCCAGAAAUUAUACUGUUAUAAUGUUUUAUUAAUAAAUUAUUUAAAUAACAUACUA